AUGGCAGUGGUGACACGACCGUGUAGUGAUUUCCAUUGUGUGAUAAACAAAUCAUGCAGAGGAAGGACUUCUAAGCAUGGCUGGACACUAAAAUCAUUAUGCGAUUUAUUAAAAACACAGCUAUGCACUAUAGCCAUAUCCCUGACCUUAUACAACUCGGUUCGACUCCCGAAAGAGGCGUACCGUUAUGGUGCUGUACCAUACUUGGUGAUAUAUACAUUCUGGCUGUUGGUGGUAGGCCUCCCGACGACAUUAUUGCAGCUAGCCAUGGGUCAGUUGAGCCAACAGGACCCGGUUGGCGUCUGGAGAGCUGUGCCAAUAUUAAGAGGUGUCGGUCAUUUGAAAGUACUGACGUCAUAUCUAUCCUGUGUGUACUACGUGAUGUACGUCGCUUUAUCCACGGCCUACCUCAUAUGGAUAGCAAAGGGUUCUUUUCCUUUGAAAGACUGCACUAAGGUGUAUAUGACACCCAAUGGGUACGAAAAUAAAAUGAAUGCAACUGAGUGUUUCAAUUCCACAUUCCUGGCGCCAUUCACGGAAUACCCACAGUAUCUCGGCAUAAUGGCAAUUUUAAUUUUUCUGCUGUGGUUCUUCGUGCCCAUUAUCCUUUACCGUCUGCACAAAACCUUGAAAACGGCUAUAGGAAUUCUAGCCGCUGUAAUCGUUACUAUCGCAAUAAUACUCUGUAUAUUUCUGUCGAACAUCGAAGUGCUGACUACGAUGUUUAAAUCUUGCGAGCAAUGGUCACCAUUGUCGCAGCCAUACAUUUGGUUCAGUGCGUUGGUCCAGGCGCUUUUAUCCACGCAGAUAAUGAGUGGCUACUUAAUUAGUGCUGGUGGUUCUGUCUAUAAGAAUUCUGAUGUUCGAUGGACUUCAGCACUGCUGAUCAUGGCAAACAUAUUCGCUGGAUGGCUUUGGAUUUUAAUGUGGGAGUCUAUUGGAGGCAACGGUCGGAAGGAUAAAAGCUUCAUAUCAAUUCUAGUCUUAAUAUACCAAUCGUCUAUUAUUGAAAUGCGGGAUAAAUUGUGGCCUUUGCUUGCCUUCGGCAUGGUCUUUGUUUCCGGUAUUAUUUCUAUGGUGUUACUUUUGUAUCCAGUUUAUGACAAGCUUCACCGUCGUACAGGAGAUAAAUGGCGGUUAUUUGCAUGUGCCACGUCAGCGAUAGGCACUGCCCUCACGGUGGCUGUGUUAUCUCGAGGACAAGAAGUAGCUACCAUAUUAGAUGAUUUAGUGGUACCGGUGCUUGCUGUGUUUACAUGUGCUGUUGAAAUCGUUGGUUUUAUCUUUAUUUAUGGAUGUAGUUACCUGACAGUUGACAUAGAAUUUCUGACAGGAGUGAAGUUACCAUACUUCUGGGUAGCUACAUGGUGGACGACUCCAGUGUUACUUGUUGGGGUAUCAGGCUGGUGGCUGCGGUCCUUACUCCGGGCUUCCUGGAGCUUGGGUCAGACGCUCUGGCCUCUGCUUGGUGUAUUUGUAGCCAUUUUGGUGAUAAUGGUUGUGAUGGCAGCGGUAGCUGUAGCAAAAGAGGAGCAGUUUAAUUUAAUAUCUAAGAUAUCGUCCGCCUUCCGUCCGUCUCGGCAGUGGGGUCCAGAAGAACCCAUGGCGCGGUACGUGUGGAUGUCACAACGAUAUAUCAAUGAAACUUUAAGCACAGACAACGACACAAUAUCUGAACAAAAUAAUUAUUCUGCAAUUAUAUUUAAUAAACAAAACAUGGACAAAAAAUUCAAGAACGACUUGUAUAACGCAGAUUACCAAAGCACUUAUAAUAUUUAUAAUAGAAAUAUAAUUAAUAAUAGAAAUAGUCCUUAUAGAGAUAUAGAAUCUGUAUUUGCUACUCAUACCAUACCUAGAGGUAGAAAUAGGAGUAUAGAGGAUAAAUAUAGAUCACCAAAUAUUUGUAUAGCUAGAGGUAGGUUAGGAGGUCCUGUUGACUAUAUUGAACACCAGGCCGUUCCUACGCCAGAUGUAUACUAG